AUGAGCGCACUGGAGACUGUGGGGCAGAACGGGCGCAGCCACACCACAGACGCAAACAGCCAUAUCGGCAGCAGCCAUGCCGAGGAUGGGAGCACGUCUAGAGUCCACUACCCAUCGCGACUCUCCCCUUCUGCGUCUCCACUCGGUGAGGAUGAAGUAGAGAAGCCGCUCAUCUGUCACUUUUUUCGAAAACAACCUCCCCUGCAGACUGGCUCAGCGGGAUGCAACGAGAGCAACAGUGGUCUGCACACGUCGGUCAACGGUGGUUCGGCUGGCGUGGGCGGCUGCUACUGCGCCCGUGGGCAAGAAGAGGCUGCAUCCAGCCCCACCGUGAAGACGAGCAGCGCGGGCGCGACAGCGUUGAGUUUGUCCACCACACCAGCGCUGCCGCCCUUUCCGUCCAUAAUGGGCGAGCCGGUCGACCUCUUUCCACUUACACCGUCCGUGACAAUGCCGAAGCGGCACAGCAAGCGCUCGGGACGCUUGCUGAACGAGUCCGAGACAAUGCAAGAGAAACACGGGCGGGAGUACCGAUUUCUUGUUCCAUGGCUGGCGUACGCAAUCGACUGCACCAUUGCGACGCAUGAGGUUCUGCGGCAGAGGCACAGGCUACCAGCGCACGUGUCAUUACCAACCUCGCCCUCAGAAAAGGAGCUGAACGGCGCAGCCAACGCAGAGUGCUCGCCUCCACGGUGCGCCAACGGCAAAGCGACUCUGCCGAGCCCGCAGGCGGAGCUCAACGCUUUCUCCACCCGUGAGGUUCCAGCCAUCUCCGUUCACGACUACCUCAAGCGUAUCGUCAAGUACACCUACGUCUCUCCGUCAGUGCUGGUGUGCGCGUGCCUCUACCUGGACCGACUGCUCUGCAUGCAUGAAUGCAUGCUCCUGCACCCGUACAACGUGUUCAAGCUCUUCCUCACGUCAACCAGAAUGGCGAGUAAAAUCAUGGAUACGCGAACGCUGAACAACCGCGACUUCUCCGUCGUCGGUGGGGUCACGAACGACGACCUCAAUGCGCUGGAAUUCCUCAUGGUGGAACUGCUGCAGAACCGACUCUACUUCUCACGCAACACCUUCGAUGAGUACUGCCGCUCGCUCCGCCUACAGGCGGCCCACUUGGGUGAUGAAGCAAGCGACUGGGGCACCGAGACAAGCAUGGAGAUGCCACCCGAGACCCGCUCCGGUGUGCAGCACCAGCCGACGCGGCCAUUCCUCGCACGCUGCAACGGCAGCAACACACGUAGCCGCCGAUCCAGCAGUGUUUCGCAGAACGAGUACAGUAUGUCGGCCGCCUCGCAAAGCGGCGUGUCACCGCUGCGGUCAGCGUCGCGUCCAGCCUUUCCGCCGAGCGCGUCGACAGCGCGCUCCAUAUCAGUAGACACGGAGUCGCUUGGCCCGGCCCGCGCACCUGCGUCACGCGGAGGGUCAGCGUCCGCCUCCGCCCGGCGUCACCCUCUCGGUACGUCACAUUCACCAGCACUGCCACAUGUGCCGCAUGCAGCUGCAAACGGUGGCUCGUCGCCUGCGCUUGGUGCCAUGGGAGACCUAUCCGGACGCGGUGUCAGUGGCGAGGAAGUGCUUCGCGUAGCAGUGCACACCAACAACAUCUACCAAAACGGCAACGGGGCGUGGACAGGCCAGACCCCGCCGAACUCGGCGAUAGUGCCAGUGACGGUGGAGGAAAAGGUCGAUGAUCGAGCGCGUAGCAUUUCACUCUCCGCCCCUCGCUGUGGUGCCGCGUCCUCCCUGGAUGCCACCGGCCGUCCGAGCCGCCUUCUGGCGGCGAGCACCGGCACAGCAGCAGGUCUUUGCACAACGGCACUCAACGCUAUCCGCGGUGGCUGCGACACCUCUUCCACCGCUUCUACUGCCCCGACUUACAACGGGACGACCACCAGCAGCAGUCGGGGAAUAACUACCAGUACUGAAGACUUUGGAUCUGGGUCAAUGAUGACGAGCUACGGCGAUCGCACACCGACUCGACGAGCCUUUGCCUACACGGUACGCGAGGGGGUAGCGCUGCCGCCAGUGGUGCGCAGCGGACGCAGCGAGCGAUCUUCGAACAUAAUGGGUAGCGCUGUGCAAGGUCAGCGUUUACCGCUACCUCCAGAUCAGCCUCGUAUGUAG